AUGAAAACAAAACAAAUCGACUUAAUAAUAGGCAGUGACAUUAUCCCGAAAAUAAUAAAGAAAGGGUUCAAGAAAAUUAAUGGAAUUAUCGCCCAAGAAACAAUAUUUGGAUGGAUAAUAUCAGGCAAAGUAUUAAAGAAACCAGCAAAAAGAAGUAAAGUAACAAUUACAACAAAAAACAUAGAAAAGUUUUGGGAACUAGAAGAAGCAGAUAACACAAUCAAUGAAAAAACAGCAGAAGAUGAAAUAUGUAUGCAAUUUUAUGAUGACACCACUAAAAUAGACGGCGACAAAAAAUUUAUAGUGAAACUUCCAUUAAAAAAAGAUGCCACACUAGGUGAAUCUAGAAAUCAAGCAAUGGCAAGAUUCCUAAACCAAGAGAAAAAAAUGAGUAAUGAGAAAAGAACUGAAUACAUAAAAUUCAUGCAAGAAUAUGAGCAGAAAGGACAUAUGGAAAAAGUAAAAGAUAAUACAAUAGGAAAAUAUUACCUACCGCAUCAAGCAGUGAUAAGAGAAUCAAGUCGCACUACAAAACUAAGAGUAGUAUUCGAUGCAUCAGCAAAAUCGACAAAUGGAAAAAGCUUGAACGACAUAAUGAUGACGGGGCCAAGAUUACAGCAGGAUAUAUUUGAUAUAUUAAUGAAAUGGCGAUUAUGGAAAUUCGUCGCUUCAGCCGAUGUAGAAAAAAUGUUCAGGCAAAUAAAAAUUGCACGAGAAGACCAAGAUUAUCAAAGAAAUCUAUACCAAAUACUCUAA